UGAGUGGAGAGAAUAGCUAACACAGUUUGUGACGCAGAUCAGAAUAAUUAAAGGCCGUCUGCUUCACAUGGGCAACUCUUUAAAUGGGUAGCGAUAACCUCUACGGCUUGGGUUUCUAUAGACUCUGGUAAAAUCGAUACAAAUUUUUUUUUAAUUGAUCACCGUGAUAUCAUUGAUUGGAGUGAUCGUUAACUGGGGCAUGUUGAGGGUAUUUAAGGUGGGGGAGUUAUAAAUGGGUGUUGUUAGCUUUUCCACUUAGAGUAAGGCAGUGGGUUUUUUUUUUAAAAUUCUGUGAUGUAUAGUUUAUUCAUAUGUUGUUAUAUAUGCUAACCGAGACUUUAAUGGCGCUAUAAACAUUGGAUUGAUAGUGGUGAACGGCAGUGGAAUACAUAGGAUAGGUCUACAAACUGGUAGUUUAGUUCUUCAAAUUAAAGAAACAAAGUCUCACAUCAUUAACGCCUGAAUUUAUCGUAGCAUUAGGAACACUUUAAAAAAAUGGAGUCUAGUGGAAGUUAUCAAGACAACAACCAAACUUUUGGCUUCGAUUCACGAUCAGCUUACUCUGGUCGCCUUCACUUAGACCUGAAAGAACUUUGCUCUAAGAGAGAUAAGCCAGAUUAUGACGAAAUAGAUCUUGUGUCAGAGUGCUCUACUCCUGGAGCGUAUGUGCCAGGAAAAUUUCUGCAGUUGUGUGAUUUUCCUUCAGAUACAAACAAUGAUGCAUUGAUAUGGCCAGUUUCAUUAGGAGGUACCAUUAGAUCUGAUGCGGAUACACAGCAGUUAAUGCACAACCAGCCCAGACAUGUUGAUGAAGAAAGCUUUUCUUUUAGACAGGUUACUCGCAAAACACAACGGAUAUCAUUACAAAACCCCAAGUUCUUUGUCCCACUGGUUGUCUGUGUCAUCAUCGCUCUGUUUGCCUUGGGUGGAUUAGCUGCGUUCGUGUAGAACUAUUUGAAGAGCAAGAAUCUAUCUAGUCGACCAGUGAGAUUAUGACAUGAAUUUCUGAGAGAGUGAUGGGAAUCAGACACUGCCAUCAGGGUGAUAUCCACUAGUCAACUGUUACCUGGGUAAAAUAAAACAUUUACGUGUUUUACAAUAUGAUAUUAUAUUGAAGGACUAUUCUUUCUAUUCAAGUAAACUUGAAGGAAUAUACAGUACACAGAAAAUAUGAAAUUACUUAAGAUUGUUUUAAGGUUAAUAAUACUGAAAUUUUUGUUUUAGAAAGUUUCAUGUUUGUGUUUUUUUAAUCGCUUUUUUUUGUGUGUGGAGACCACAAGGAUUUAUUUUAAUGUUUUUUUAAGUAUCAGAUUUUAAAAACUAACAAAAAUGAAAGAUUGACACAUCACAUGGCAUGACAUUCCUUUAAUAUCUAUAAUUCAGAUUGUAGAAAAGUUUUUACCUGUUUUAUUUGUAUAGCAACAUUUUUUUUUAAAACCAUACGGAAAUUGUUUUUUUUUUUUUUUUUA